AUGAUGGGCCGCCCGAUCGAAGAGGUCGUUUACGACCAACUCUUCCCUCGCCCCAAGUCAUCGGACCCCCAAAACUUCCAGUCCUUCCUCCAGCGCUCCCUCAUCCCCGAGGUCCGCCAAGAGACGCACGCCUUCUACGGCCACAUCGACACCCAAGAGGCCAAGUACCCGGGCCUCGACUACGAGCACCCGACACAUCGCAUGCGCCUGUCCCGCUGGCCCUGGCACCGCCGCCUCUUCCGCGCCUUUGACGCCCUCGGCCUCACCCACUUCGAGAUUCUCGGCCUGACCAAGUGGGAGGGCACCAAGUGGGCCAAGGAGAAGUUUGAGCGGGAGCACGGCUUCACCAUCAGCGACACCACCGACGAGGGCUUCCCGACCUGGCAGGAGGCCGCUGACUGGGAGCGUCCGGCCGCUGCCGUUGCUGCCGUUGCUGCCGCUGCUGCUGCUGCUGCUGCGGCCUCUCGUAGCCCAAGCCCGAGCCCGCUAGAUAGCCCCAGCCCCAGCCCCAGCCCCAGCCCCAUUAGCAGCGGCAUGUCCACGCCGCCCUUCCAGCCCGCCGAUGAAGAUGAGGAGGACGAGGAUGAGGAGAGCGAGGACGAGCUCGAGAGCGUCGGUGUCGAGCUCAACGCGCGCCUCCGCACACAAGCUGCCCGCCGCAACGCCGGCGAUAGAGACGCCGUCUUGGACGAGGCCUGGGAGGAGUGGCUUAAAACGGCCAUUGAGUCAGGCGAGCUCGCCGUCGUCACCGAGCAGAUGACCGAGUCGGCGCCGCGUCGCGCCUCAUCCCCCUCGGCCCUUCCGGCCGCCCUCGUUCCCACCGGUAUGCUCGACCUCGCCCGCGCCGGCCAGUGGAUCGACAUCCCCGAGUUCCUCCAGCCCAUGCUCCGCGAGGUCGUCCGCGGCGAGCAAGCCCCGACCGGGCUCUCCUCCCGCAACGACCCGGCUCGCCCGGCCGCCGAUACACCCGGUGCUCUCAGCCGCCAGCUCACCGCCGCCACGCCGCGCUUUGCAGUGGGCUACUUUGACUUGCCGCAAGACCCCCCAUCCUCAACCACGACCAAUGUUUAA